AGUGUCGCAUUAUGUGUUGUUAUAUUUUCCAUAAUGUAAUUGUUUGACACUGUAUGGAUAUUUAAUGGCAGUGGUGGCCGGGGCAGGGACAAUGGCGGUAUUGGAGCUGCCGACAGGGACAGUGGCGGAAGGGGUGCCGCCGGUAGGGACAGUGAAGGUAGGGCACUACCGUUGGCAGCAAUAGUGGCGGCGACAACCAAAACAAGGGUGCUGCAAGUGGGGAAAGUGGCGGAAGAAGCGCGGUUGGCGGGGAUGGUGGAGGCAUUGGUGUUACUGUCAGCAGUGGCUGUGGCGAUGACAACAGUGGCAAUGGCGGCGGGAUGGGCGGAAGCGACCACAGUGGCAGUGCUAGAGGAAGUGGCAACAACAUCGGAAAAGUGUCAGCGAAGAAGAUCAACAAGGAAGAAACCUUUAGCCGAUUGUGGCCGUCUCAAGGAAACGAAAGAGAUUGGCUGGAAGGAAAUGAAAGUGGACAGUGGCGGAAGGGGUGCCGCCGGUAGGGACAGUGAAGGUAGGGCACUACCGUUGGCAGCAAUAGUGGCGGCGACAACCAAAACAAGGGUGCUGCAAGUGGGGAAAGUGGCGGAAGAAGCGCGGUUGGCGGGGAUGGUGGAGGCAUUGGUGUUACUGUCAGCAGUGGCUGUGGCGAUGACAACAGUGGCAAUGGCGGCGGGAUGGGCGGAAGCGACCACAGCGACAGUGGCAGUGCUAGAGGAAGUGGCAACAACAUCGGAAAAGUGUCAGCGAAGAAGAUCAACAAGGAAGAAACCUUUAGCCGAUUGUGGCCGGGGCAGGACAGUGGCGGUAUUGGAGCUGCCGACAGGGACAGUGGCGGAAGGGGUGCCGCCGAUAGGGACAGUGAAGGUAGGGCACUGCCGUUGGCGGCAAUAGUGGUGGCGACAACCAAAAUAAGGGUGCUGCAAGUGCCGGUACCGGUACAAUUUCGUGACCGGAAACGGUACCGCUAGUACCCGCCACCAUCACCGCCGGCCGGGACAUACCACCAAUUCCGGGAACCGGUACCGGUACCACCCCCUCGGUACCGGUUCCGGUGCCAAAUUUUUGGUACCGGCACCGCUGGUACCGGUUCCGGUACCCGUUUAAUUUUUUUGGCUUUGCUUUGCUUUAUCUCGUCGCUUUUUUUGAACCGUCAGGAUAUUAAAUGUACUUGUUCUUC